UUAAAAAAAAUGGCGGAAAAUAAAUGAAGUUUACGGUUACAAACAAUAUUCUCGAAAUUUUGGGUCUCUUUAUCAAGAUUUUAUUAUGUCUUCUCUUACAAAGAAACAAAUUCUAUCAAGGGGACGAGCCAAGACUCUUGAGUCGGUGAAAAACUUAAAUUUAUGGGGGAGUAAUUUAUCAGAUGUGUCCGUGGUUAGUGAACUACCAAAUGUUGAAGUUUUGAGCUUAAGUGUGAAUAGCAUAUCAAGCCUGAAAGAUUUUGCAUAUUGUCCAAGACUAAAGGAGCUCUAUUUACGCAAAAACUGCAUAAAUGACUUAAAUGAGAUAGGUUUUUUAAAGAAGCUUCCAAAACUUCGGGUACUAUGGUUAUCAGACAAUCCAUGUGCAGAAGGGCCCAAUUAUCGUCUGACUGUCAUCAAGAACUUACCAAAGUUGAUUCGCUUAGAUAAUGUUGCUAUCGAUGAAAGUGAAGUAUCUUCAGCAUCAGCUACAGGAGAUGAUAUUGCUACGCCCGUUGAUUUACCUGAUUAUCCAGACCUUGGUGAUACUAUGGCUUCUACUAUGGGAAGUACAAAAAGCAGUCAGAGUCUGAAGAGAAGUAAUUCCAAAGACUCAACAGACCAAUGUGUACCUUCCAUCAGUACCAAUCAACAGGAGGUUACAAGGGCAAGUUUGGUAGAUGAAACAAAUAAACUGAGAGCAGAAUUGGGAAUUAAACCUCUUGUACUAGAUGAACCAAAAGAAAAGCCUAGUGCUAUCAAGACUUUACCAGAUAGCAGAUCUUCAUCAGUCUCACCUACACCAACAGAUACUAGGAACUCCAAUAUUCUUUCAGCUGUCCUUUCCUUACUUAAAGAACUUGACGAAGGAAGUCUUGAAGCAGUUAGAAAUGAGAUUGAUACCAGACUAGAAGAAUUUAAUAAGGAAGAAAGCUGCACUUCUAGCAAGCCUAUGAUUGAAGAGGUCUUGGCUGACUAGCAGGAUGGGAUUUGUUUUUAUUUGACAAAACAUAAAAAUUAAGAUUUAUUAGUAACCAACAACAAUGUACUAACUAAAGUAUAUGUAUUCUGGAAAGAUGUUUUGUAUAUAAAUCAAAAAAAGGACAUUUAUUCCUUGAGGUUCCAUAAAUGGGGUUUGAUUCUGAAGAUCAUGGUCAUUGGUGGAUGGAAUGGGAUUCAUGACAUUUCAGGGCUCAAAAUCAGCAACUAGCAAAGUACUAGUCCUUUUCUUAACUUUGCUAGAUAAAAAAAAUAUGCUAGCAAACAUUUGCAAGUAAACGUUUCCUAAAUCUGACUAAGUUUUUUUUAUUAGAAUCAGAAAUUCAAUUGUUUAAGGCGUGAUUACGCACAGAGCAGUUUUCUUGUCUCGUAACGGCGUUACAACACAAGUUGCAUGGAGCAUUGCAGCAUGUAACCUACAGCACAAUUUUAAAAAUGUUGUGAGACAAGUUGCAGCAAUUGUUGCAAAAAGUUAGAAUUCGUUUCUACUUUUGGUAAUGAUUAGGUCUCCGUCACUGUGUAGACACUCUUGCAACUUGUGUGGCAAAGCUCUUGCGAGACAAGUUGCAGAGAAAGUUGCUCCAUGUAAUUAUUGCACCUUUAAUCGCUAAUGGACAAAAAGGUUAAUUUUGACCCCUGCAUUUAUAUGUAGCAAUGCACUGUAAAUAUUUGAAUCUUAUCAAAAUGAAUGUACAUCUUGAUCUGUA